UUAUAUUUUGCGUAUCGUCGCAUCGCUGCCAUUAUCAAUAAAAACAUGUUGCAAAAUCCGAUCGCAGUCCGAGCCGACGUCCGCUGACGAAUAGUGUGCGAAAUAAAAAAAAUUGCGGUACCGUUAAUAAAAAAAAAAAAAAAACAUCAACAACAAUAAUAAAAUAUAAUAUAGUUUUCAUUAUAUGUUAUAUUCGCCGAUUCGUUCGUUUUGGAUGUCAGUCGUGACGAGCGCGAACCUUCGUUGAGUGGUCGCAGUGCUUUGGCGUUUUUUUUUCUCCAUCGUUUCUUCUACUAGAUGAUAUUAUGUGUCGUUUUAAAGUCUCCCGUGUCGUUUCAAUAGUAAAGUCGCUGUAAGUCUAGUGUAAUCAUGAAACCCUCCACCUCGAUGUGGACCGUUUGCCUUUUGGUUGCGGUCGCAUUGCCCAGUGCACCGUCGUUGUCCGUCUACAACGAUGAUAGCCGUUCGGUCCGCGGUCACUUGGAUUUCGCCGGCGACGCAUACGCUACGGCAGACCCAGCUCGAUUGUCGGCAUCGUUGGACAGGCAUAAGCGAGACAGUCCUCCUGUCGUGAAGGUGAUCGACAACAACAUUACGUCCAAAGUAAUACAUUUGAAUGAAAGUCGGCAACAGUUGAUGGUCCAUUGGGUUGGUGAAAAUUCAAAUGUGAUCAUAUGUCUCGCUCGCGAAGGUGGUCUUUCUUCUGCUGUAUACGUGUCUUACGACUACGGUGACACCUACAUUAACAAAACGGAUAGUUUUAAAAUAGACACCGCCAAAAAUGUGUACGCUUCCAUCGAUAAGUUUUACAUACAUCCGACGUUUAAAUCAUAUUGUGUAUAUACGGAUGUGGCUAAUCGUAAAAUCUUCACCACAAACGAUCACAGUAGAUCAAUCAAAUCGAUCCAACUGGCUUUUGAGCCAAACGAAGUAGCUUACAGACCCGAUAUACCGUUUGUGUUUGUUGUACACGACAAAAACAGUCCUACAAAACAAUUGUGGAUAACUCACGAUUUUGGCAAAACAUGGGCAGUCUUAGAAGAGCACGUAAAGGCGUACUUUUGGAUUCCAGUGACGUGGGAUUUAUAUAAACGUGGUUAUUCGUUCAUCAUACAACGUGAAGAAUCGUUGACCACAUCUAACGUUAUUGCAGUGUCGGAAAACAUAAACUUUGGUCAAAAUAAUUUAACUACGUUGGCAGUCAACGUAUUGCAGUUAAAAUUCAAAGACGAUUUCAUGUUUGUCACCACUCAAUUGUCUAAAAAUAAUUUGGACUUGUUGAUCAGCUACAAAGGAGGUAAUUUUAUUCGAUCUCGUUUUGACACGGAACUUGACAGACGAGACUAUUACAUAGCCGAUAUCACCUCCAAUCGAAUAAUGGUAGCGGUCGCUCAUACACGUACACUAUCAAAUCUAUAUAUAUCUGACGUUUUUCAAUCCAACAAAGAAACUGUCACCUUCAGCUUGUCGCUUGAAAGAGUAGUCGCAUACUUUCCGAACAUUACAUGGACGGAGUCUUUGAUUAGCGAAUUGUGGGGAGAACCAUUUGCAGACGUGCACAAGGUGAAAGGACUCCAAGGAAUAUAUAUAGUAUCGCAGAUCCUAUCUGGAACGCCGGCGGGCAGUGUGGACAUAGCGCCAGAACACUUGGUUACAUUGAUCACGUUCGAUUGGGGCUUCGAGUGGAGGUCGUUAAAUGUGACACGUUCGUUUACACAUUGUGAAAAGACCGAAAACUGUUCUUUGCAUCUUACCCAAAUGUUUGCUCAUGUUUAUCCUGUCACCAGAACUCAUACGUUUAUUUUGUCUUCGGCGUCAGCUCCGGGCAUCAUAAUGGCUACCGGUGUGGUCGGUAAGUCAUUAAAGGGCAAUCCCGGAGUGUUCGUCAGCAGAGAUGCCGGUCUAACGUGGAGACAAGUUCUGAAAGAAAUGCAUUUUUAUAAUAUGGGAGACCACGGAGGUGCCUUGGUCGCCGUUCGUUACUAUAAAUCGGAAAAAGAGGAGACCAGCCAAAUCCUCUAUUCAACCGACGAAGGAGAAACAUGGCUCGAACAAAACUUUACGAACAGCAAAAUAAAAGUCUACGAACUCAUGACCGAACCCGGAGAAAACACAACUGUUUUCACAAUGUUCGGCUCAGUUAUGGAAAAACACGAAUGGCUUAUAGUGAAAAUUGAUUUGAAAAACGCUUUUUCGUAUAAUUGCACCAAAGACGAUUACAAAUUUUGGUCUCCUAGUUCUACUAAAAACCAUCUGAAAACGUCUUGUGUUCUCGGUCAGACGCAAAUAUUUCAAAGAAGAGCACCCAAAGCAAAUUGUUACAACGGAUUAAAUUACGCUCGACCGGUUCAGACGGUAGCGUGCGAUUGUGAUAUUGAAGAUUUUACAUGUGAUUACGGUUUCACAUGGUGGUCCAGUUCUAAACAGACGUGUGUUCGUAACAAAACGAGCACUAUCGAUCCUUAUAAAAUUCCACCGUCUUGCAAACCAGGUUUAAUGUAUAAUCGCACAAAAGGAUAUCGCUUGAUCCCAGGCGACUCGUGCAAGGGUGGACGUGCAAUGGAAUUUAUGCCACAAGAAGUUCCUUGUCCUUUCGAGGAAAAGCAAGAAUUUCUUCUAGUUGCCCAAAAAGAACGUAUUAUUCGUUUGGAUCUAGGCGACAAACCGUUUGAAGUUUUACCCGUUCGUAAACUAGAAAAUGUUAUUGCUGUUGAAUUUGAUGUAAAAAACAAUUGCGUAUUUUGGGCUGACAUUGUGACAGAUACAAUUGGGCGGCAAUGUUUAUCCAACGGUAAAGAGGGUCCAGAAAUUUUGGUAGAUUCCGGUCUCAACAGCGUCGAAGGAAUGGCUUACGAUUGGGUUUCAAAACAUUUGUACUUUGUCGACGGUGCGCUGUCCAAGAUCGAAGUCAUACAUACCAAUACCAAAAUACCAGGUCAUAUGCGUCGGACGGUCGUUGGCCCCAUGUAUUUGAAAAAGCCACGCGGCAUAGCGGUUCAUCCUCGUGCUGGUUACCUAUUUUGGACCGAUUGGGCAGUUGGUGAGGCCAAGGUGGCCAGAUCUAAUUUGGACGGAUCAGACGUUAAAACAUUAGUGAGUCACGAGUCAGUUGAAUGGCCAAACGGGUUGACGGUAGAUUAUGUUGCUGAACGAAUAUAUUGGGUGGACGCUCGUCACGAUUAUAUCGCGUCCAGUGACUUGCACGGAAAUAAUUUCAAAAAAAUUAUUAAAAACGAUGUAAGUGAAAAAGUGUCUCAUCCGUUCGCUGUAGCAGUUCUGAAAGAUUGGAUUUAUUGGGACGAUUGGAAACAAAAUGCGAUAUUCAUGUCAGACAAAGACCACGGAUCUAAAAUACAAACAGUUGCUUCACAGUUGCCCGGCCUUAUGGAUUUAAAAGUGUUUUCACACAUGUCGCAAACGGACACAAACGAAUGCGCCAACACUAAUGUUUGUUCGCAUUUUUGUUUCGGUCUACCUGAUAAGAAGUUUUCCUGCCAGUGUCCGGACAGCAUGAAUAAAUCCGGUAACAUAUGUCUUUGUCCUGGUCAAAAAGAACCCUACGCUAAUGGGACUUGUCCGUCUGUCGGUCAUACUUGUUCGAGUGAUUACUUCCAAUGUACAAAUGGCAACUGCGUGGCAAAGUAUUGGCAAUGCGACGGAGACAACGACUGUGGAGAUAACUCCGAUGAGGAAAAAUGCACCAAAGUAUCGUGUGGACCAAGUUCUUUUCAAUGUAGCAAUGGCAAAUGCAUUCCGUCCUAUUGGAAGUGCGAUUUUGAUCCUGACUGUGAAGACAGUUCUGACGAACUCAAUUGUAAGUAUUCCAAUUGUUCAGAUGGACAGUUUCGUUGCAAGAAUGGCCGCUGUAUUACCAUGCAAUGGCGCUGUGAUUUGGAAGACGAUUGUCACGACGGAUCCGAUGAAAUUGAUUGUCCAAAUGUUACCAACAGUUCUUCAACCACUUGUCCAACGAGUAGUUUUCACUGUUCUGGUUCGAAUACGUGCAUCCCGGCUAAAUGGCAAUGUGAUGGCGAAAAAGAUUGCCCAGACGGUGACGAUGAACUCAGUUGUAAAACACCGAGCUGCGAGUCUUGGCAAUUUGAGUGCGCCAAUCAAAAAUGUAUAUUUGCAUCCUGGAAAUGCGAUGGAGACGACGACUGUAACGAUGGUUUAAAAAGCGACGAGCUCAAUUGUUCGUCUACACCUAAGCCGAAUCCCAACGAACAGACUACUCCAUUAUUGCCAUUUAGUACAAAUGGGACAUGCAGCGAAUGGUUGUUCCGCUGUAGUAACGGCAAGUGUAUACCGUACUGGUGGAAAUGCGACCAGGUGUUAGAUUGCGAAGAUGGAUCUGACGAAGAACAAUGUGGAACGUUGACACCGACUGACACAAAGAAUAACAGCACCGUAGUAUCGACUACAAGGGCUUCAACUGUUGGCAUGUGCCCCCAACAUUACUUUCAAUGCAAUUCAGGCUUAUGCAUCGAAGACUCAUGGGUGUGCGACGAAAUCAACGAUUGCGAUCAAGGAGAAGACGAAACCGACUGCAAGAACAGUAAUUUCGUAGGCCUAUGCAAGAACAACAGCAAAGAAUUUAAAUGUCGUAUUUCUGGAUCGUGCAUAGCAAUAGAAAAAGUGUGUGAUGGUACACCGCAAUGUCCGGAUGGCAGUGAUGAGAUGUUCUGCACAAAUACCAAUCAAACUCCGGGUACACCAAGUUGUGGAAUCGGUCUGUUCCCUUGCGACAGUAAUCGCUGUAUUCCAACAUCAAAACGCUGCGAUCAACACAAAGACUGUUACGACGGCACUGAUGAGGAUUAUUGUAAUUCUGUUAAUAAUACCUCAAGUAUUCAAGUAUCGCUGAUGUUUGUCGAAGAGCAUGAAUCGACAUCGAACUCAUUGACACUUUAUUGGGCAGCACCAAAAAACAUCAGCUUGGAGUAUUUACCGUCAAUCAGUGAAUCUCGUGUACCUGAAAUGUUUGUCAACACAACAUGGACAACUAAAACAAGCUAUAAGUUCACUUCGCUUAAACCAUUCACCGCCUACAAUAUGACCGUGUAUGUCCGUCAAAAUGAUUUGCCCACAAUUGUAUAUCCACCAGCUUACUACGUAUUGGCUUCGACGGCCGAAGGCGUUCCGAGCGCUCCGUUAAAUGUAAUCGUCAAACAAGUAAAUGCCGAAGAAGUCCAAGUGACUUGGACUAGACCCGAAAAUCCAGCCGGACGCAUUUCAUCGUACAACGUGUAUAUAGAACCUCCACAUCCGCCCAUGGUGCUGUCAGUAGAAGCCGAUUUCAAUAACGCCACACAAUCGUAUCCUGUUAGAUCUUCGUUGUAUAAAAAAAAUAUCGAAUACAGUUUUUGGGUCACUGCCAGAUCGUCGGAGUAUGAAUCCGAAAGAUCAGCGGUAAAACGAUUCCAUUUCGAUGAAGAUUCUUUGGUUGACAUCGAUUUGAAAUUGAACGUUACCAAUACGACAGAAAACACCAUAACAUUGUGUUGGGAAAGUAUUGAUUACGCAGAAGGUUUUAACGUCAUGUCUGUAGCGCCCGUCAAGGAUGGACCUUAUCCGAACUCGGUUCAGUCGUUCAACGUAACUAGCACAAAAGGCAUAAUUAAAUAUACCGUAACUAAAUUGUCGCCUGGAGUAAUUUACACCAUUAACGUUACGCCAUACAACAGUCGAUACAUAGGUAUAAAGUAUACCAUUGUUGCAAAAACUGAAGGCCAACCUUUGCCAUGCGUGACAAAUAUUUCUGGUUCUUUGGUAAACGUAAAAGACAAAAAAGAGUCCACGAUAAAAGUACAAUGGAGUCCUCCGAAACAAAUGAGCAAAACCAAAUGGUUGUACGGCGUGUACUUCGGCACUAACGCCAAUGAGCUGAUGAGUGGGUACAAGUACAACACUACAGGCACACUGGCAAUUUUGAGUAACAUCGAAUCGUGCACUUCUCUCAUGAUUGAUGUCGGUAUUAUUGGACCUUUGGGAGUGGGACCGCUGUCAAAGAGACCGCUCGAUAUUGUCACUCCGUUUGAUCCAACUAUUCCUCCGAAAGCCAUUAAGGUCGAACAACUCGUAGGUUCUCCGAAGCCUAUGAUUGUCAUCAGCUGGCGAGCGUCAUGUCACCCAGUUCAGCAAUCGUAUAAAGUAAACAUUUUGGAGAUAAUCAAAAAUGAAAAGUUUGAAAUCACCGUUCCGAACGUAUCCGACGCUGAAGCGAAAAUCAAUUUUGGCAUCAACUACGGCGGCAAUUAUUUCAUCCGCGUUUCGACCGUGACGCCGAACGCGACCCCGUCUCCGCUCAUCCAUUACAGUGCACCGGAUUUGCCCGUUCCUCAUCAAGUCAGGGUAUUCAAUAUGCCCAACGGCGGUUACGAAGUUUCCUGGCAGCGUCCCCGUUUAGUCUUCUAUCAAAUUCCGUUUCACUACUUGAUACGCAUAUCUGAGGGCAGCCAAUUAAACACUACAUCCGCCAAGACUUACAAAGCUGAGCGUUCACCGUUUAUCAUCAGCGAUCCUCCGACAGGGGAACAGUUGUCUGUGACCGUACAACUAGUGACAGAGACUGGUUACGUUUCACGGAUGUCCGAAGUGUUCUCAUUCAUAUCAAAUAAUUACGACAGUGCGUCUUCAGAAACAGUCGUGGUCGGCGUCAAUACUGGUUGGACGUCUAUAUUAUUAGUAAUUUUAGUCAUUGGGUUAUCAGGAGGAUUGGCGUACUUUGUGAUCAGACAUAGAAACAUACAAAACAGCUUUGUACAAUUUGCCAAUAGCAGAUACGACACCCGAUCUGGUUCGGCGACGUUUACUGGCGUUGACAGUCUCGGCUUAGGAGUUUUCAAAGACGAUGAGCCAGCUGUUCAAGGCUUUUCAGAUGACGAGCCACUAGUCAUUACUUAAAUCCGUCGACCGACCGUUCCGUCAUCUGUGAUAAAUCGAAACCGUUCAUCUCAAUUCAAGUGACAUAAUAACGUAUUUGAAAAUUAACAUCAGAAUACUAAACGACUCGACUUCUUCGCUUAUUACUUACUUAAAAAAAAAAAAAAUAUAUAUAUUUCACCAGCGUACUUGUAAAUCAAAUCCCUUCUCGUCUGUUUUCUGUCCUCUGUCGUAGAUCUCGUAUUGAUAAUACUAAAAUUUUGAAAUCGAUUAUCUCAAUUGAAUAUAUCUCCAAUUUUUUUCAUCUCAUCCCGCAUAGAACUUAUGUGAAUUUACCUUACCGAUGUGAAUUUAACCGCGUGCUCAGUUUUUCGAUUUAUAUAUAUAUAUUAAGGACUGUGCUAACUUUAAAAAAAUUAUUACUGAUAUACAUUUGUUUGUACUAAUUUAGACGUGUGACCCUUUUUAAAAAAUUUCGAUAAAUAAUUAAAUUCCUUAAAUCAAAGUUGUGUUACGAUAUUAAUAACAUAUCGUUACCGAUAAAUUGCCAAAAAAAUAUAUUUAAAAAAAAAAUAAGUUUACUUUUUCUAGUAGUUUGCAUGUGUGUAACAAAUUUUAGGGUUAUUAUUCAUUAAUAUUGAUGUAGAAUAAAU